AUGCAGCUGGCCAACGAGCGGCUCAAUGGAGAGUGUUUCUGUGCCGCCUCCAGGCGCCGCGCGACUGAUGCCUUGCACGCGGCCGCUCGUGUCGGCCUCGCGUGCUCUGGAUGCCAAGGACCCGACGACCCGGCCUACUGCUCUUCCCACCGCGCUCACGCGCGAUCGUCUGUUUAUCGCCUCCCGCCCCCCACCGCCGCCCCCGUUUGUGCGUCGCAGCUCACGUGGACGUCGCGCGUGGCGAGCGAGAUGACGGGCUUCACGCCGGAGGACAUCACGGUGAGCUACCUGCCGCUGAGCCACGUGGCGGCGCAGAUGCUGGACCUGUGGGUGCCCAUGCAGCAGUGCGGCGCCGUCUACUUCGCACAGCCUGACGCGCUCAAGGGCUCGCUGGUGGGCACGCUGAAGGAGGUGCAGCCCACGGUGUUCCUGGGGGUGCCGCGCGUCUGGGAGAAGAUGAUGGAGGCGAUGCGCGCCACGGGGGCGCAGGCCGGAGCCAUCAGGCGCGCCAUCUCCGCCUGGGCCCGCGGCAUCGGCCUGGAGGCCAACCGCAACGCCAUGAAGGGCGAGGGCUCGUUGCCGUGGGGCUACGGGCUGGCGAGCGCGCUGGUGUUCCGCAGGGUGCGCGCGGCGCUGGGCCUGGGGCGCUGCGGGCGGCUCUACGUGGGCGCUGCGCCGGCCUCGCGGGAGACGCUCGAGUUCUUCCUCAGCCUCGACAUGGCCAUGCUCGAGCUGUACGGCAUGAGCGAGAGCUCGGGCCCUCACACGCUCUCCACGGCCACGGCCUGCCGCCUCACCAGCUGCGGCAAGUCAAUGUUCGGCUGCCGCACGCGGCUCGCCUUGCCGGACGCGGAGGGGUGCGGCGAGCUCUGCUUCUGGGGGCGGAACGUCUUCAUGGGCUACCUGGGCCAGGAGGCGAUGACGCACGACGCCCUGGACUCCGAAGGCUGGCUCCACUCGGGUGAUCUGGGCCGGAUCGACGAGGAAGGCUUUGUCUUCAUCACCGAGGAGCUAAAAGAGCUCAUCAUCACGGCGGGCGGCGAGAACGUGGCGCCCGUGCCCAUUGAGGAUGCGGCAAAGGAGGCGCUGCCGAUCGUCUCCUUCGCCAUGGUGAUCGGAGACAAGCGAAAGUUCCUCUCCAUGCUGCUCACGCUCAAGUGCUCGGCGGACCCCGACACGGGCGAGCCGGGGGACCAGCUGAGCCCCGAGGCCGUGCAGUUCUGCCGCUCGGCGGGGAGCAGCGCCACCCUCGCCUCGCAGGUGGCGCCCGCGCUGGGCGGCCGUGGCAGUGCCGGUGACGCGGCAGUGCUGGCCGCCAUCCAGCAGGGGAUAGAGCGUGUCAACCGCGCCGCCAUCUCCAACGCCCAGCGCGUGCAGAAGUGGGCCCUCAUCCCCCACGACUUCACGGUUUCCGGGGGGGAACUCGGCCCCACCAUGAAGCUCAGGCGGCCGGUGGUGCUGCGGCUCUACCAGGAGGUGGUGGACGCAUUCUACGCCGAGGCCACGUAGGUGGCCACGGGACAGCGGCGGGCGACCGGCGCCCCCCUCCGCUGCUGGAUGGCGCCCUCCCAGCGUGUCCCCUCUCUCUCUCUCCCCUCACCGGGGGGAGGGAGGGAGGGGGCUGGGAAUCUUCACGUCCCCCGGACCCCAGCACGAGCGUCAACGUGCUCCAGACACCGCUGGCGAGUUCGCACGGAAAACCAAAGAACCGCUCUCAAACCAAAACUUUAUUCACCCAAGUGACCUUGGCUCCUCCUCUUCCUCCCCCCUCCCCCUCCUCCUCCUCCUCCAACAUCUCUUUUCCACUGGCACCAUCCGAGCCGAGCCGGAGCCAAACCGCAAUUCGCCAUCAAUCUGUGUUGGGGGGCAAGCAGGGCCAGGGGGCAGGGAUAGGGCCGUGCGGGCGACGCCGGUCGGUUCCGCGGUUAUGGCGCGCCGGCGCGCUCACCGCGUCACCCACGCGCGUCUCCGCUCAAUCUCCGCACGCCCGUGACGUCUGCGGCACGGCCCGGCACGGCCCGGCUCAGCCCGGCACGGUUUUUUGUGGUGGUAAAACAACGCCGGCUCCACCUGAGCGGCGCCGGCUCGGACGCGCAGUGGGAAGAUGCUGCGCCAGGAGACGCCUCGCCAGGGCCGCUUGGUGCUAAGCGACGUUUCUCGUUGCUAAGAGAGGGCGGCGGUCGCGGCUUUUGCCCGGAAUUUUUUUGUAAUUUUGUUGUUACAAAGCUCUCGCGCCACGAUUGCGGAGAGUCUCGCUUAGCGGGGGUCGGCGGAUCGCGUCCGGGAUGGGGUACGAAAGCGAAAGGCGCAGCCCCGUGGCGGAAGGGGUCCCCUCCGCUCGAGGGAGAACCUCGAGGGAGAACCCCUCCUGACCAGAGGGUUGUUCUUGGCCUACUCCUCCACGCUGGCCAGCACGUCUCGGAGGAGUCGCCCAUGCUCUCGCCCACCGUGUGCGCGACCCGCCGAUCGACCCGAGUGCGGUGAAGCCGUCUCCACCGCUGGGUGGAGACGGCUCCACCGCUGGGUGGACAACGACGCUGGAAGCUCAGGAUGCACCUUCGGUUCACAAUCAAAGCUGAAAUUGUAUUGGUCGGGGUCAACUUAUAGUUGGGGUGAACUUAUAGUCGGGGUGAACUUAUAGUCGGGGUCAACUUAUAGUCGGGGUCAACUUAUAGUCAGGGUCAACUUAUAGUCGGGGUCAACUUAUAGUCGGGGUCAACUUAUAGUCAGGGUCAACUUAUAGUCGGGGUCAACUCAUGGUCAUGGGGAACUUUUGCAAAUCCGUUUUGUUAGGUUCCUGGGUGAUAAUUCCUCGGGGUUUGUGGGAGCAUAAACAAGACAAAGAUCCCCCGUGUAGCCUUUACAGACUCGUGGGGCAAUUUGGCCGGAACGGCACAAGAGAGGGUGGUGGGUGGGCAGCAUCACGCGUGGGCCGCCUUCAGCGGUGAUGUUGACUUCACACUGCACCAGGUCCUUAUUUGAGGCUGAAUCAACCUAGGGGGAGCCCAGGACGGGUUCAAGUGUGCACCACCGUUACCGGCCGUCGAGUCUUCAGGUGUUGCGCGGCGAGUCCGCGGUGAGUCGACGCGGUCCGUCGUUAACCUCGUCGCCAAAGAUCGGACCGUGUCGCUCUUCCAAAUGAUAUCGGCGGCGGCGGCGACUGUGUUUGGCGAUCACCGUGUCGAUACCAACGCCGCGUGUGCGCGCGUGGCCUUCAAAAUUAAAAACUACGUUUUUCGGGC